CACAGUUGAAGAAUCGAUAUUGUUGUUGGUGGUAGUUGUUUAAUCGGUGGUUGUAACUGUUUACAAAAAGUUAGUGUAGUUACGGAAGAAGGAAUGUUUGACGAGGAACGAAUAAAUUCUGUUUAUGGAGUGAAAUACAGAGUUUGAGGAAUUACAUGAAGACAUUGGAGGAGCAGAAGAUGCCUCAGAACUUUACUCCCAUCGCAAAAGUGUGUAACCAAGAAACUCCAGAAUCUCAUUAAUUUGGACUGGCACCAUAUAACAUGGAAGGUUAUGCACGUAUCAACCAGUCACAUGAAGAUUUUGAUGAUUUAAAUAUAGAAAGAAGAUUUUCUGUUGGUGGCCGGCAGUUGGACAUACAUGAAAAAGAACGGAAUCAAGAACUAGAAGAAAGGCGUCUGCUGAGUCAGAAGGUGAAACUUGACGAUGGUACAUAUGGACAUCUGUUUUCGACAUCAGAGGGCGAUAAUGUCAUUCGCUGGCAUUGCCAUAUGUGUGACAUUUAUGUUGUCGGGUUUGGAAACUUGCAUCUGCAUAUUAAGGGAAAGAAACACCAGCAAAAACUUUUAUUACCUUCACACCCAAAGGCAUUUUUCCCCAGAAUAGAACGAGAAGAGUAUGAUGACGAUUUCCCACAAUUGGCACCUGGGGAACCUGUUCCUCCAGGUUUUGAAGAUAAAGUGCGGCGAAUUACUCAGAUCCAGUCAGAACUCGACAAGGUCAAAGAUAAACCUUUGAUUGGGCUGGAGUAUCUGUUGGAAUUGACAGAUGAACUUGGCAAUACUGAGGCAAAAUAUGUGUGCCUUUUAUGUGAGAAGAAAGGUGAACGUCAUGUCGUACUGGGUCAUCUCACCAGUUUUGAACAUUACAAUAAAUAUAUUGGAAUGUAUUUUCCUACUGCAAGUAGGGCUAUGGCCUCUGAUUUUCCAAAAACUAAAGAUGGGAAAAAGGCAAUGUUAUUAGUUUUAACAAAUAUUUGUCGCGCCAUUGAAAAACUACAUGGUCGACUUCAGCCAAUGGCUGUAGAUAAACACACAUUUGAAGCCAAGAAAAAUAAAUAUCUCACACAGAUUAUAGGAGCUCAUCAUUUCAGUGAGAAGCCUGGAGAAACAUUUGUAGAAUUAGUUGACAAGAAUAUCCUCAGCUCUGUUCGUUCUUCGCCAACUGAUCUCCAUGUGCCAUGGGAUGACAAAUCGAAAGAUGGUGGAUUGAUUACUUUCAACAAAGGGAAAAUAGCUGCUGCACAUCUAAGAACUCGAGACAUUGAGAGCAGCUUUGAGAAGAAAGAAACCUCAGUGGCUGGUGCUAACAAGAACCUGAAAAGACAUUCAAAGGAAGAAGACACCACACCUAGAAGAUCAGAUAGAUCGUCAAUAGAACAACGCAAAAGUUUAGAAGUUGGAGAAGACGAUGUUGAUGCAGAAAAUAAACCAAAGAGUUCACUCUCUUCAAUUUCGAGUACAUCUAUUUCCAGAUCAAGAUCCCGAUCAAAAUCAAAAUCGAGGUCUAGAAAGAAAGCAAGAGCUCGGUCAAGAUCUUAUUCUCCAUCAGUUUCAAGACCUGCACACGCACCAAAUUAUAGAGAAGGCAGGCUAGAAAGUUCAAGGUCCUUCCAUAGACGAACAAGUAGAGGAUCUCCUGUACCGUUUUCUAGGCACCGAUACAGACGAUCUAGGUCGCAUUCGAGGUCACGGUCUCGUUCACGGUCACGACCUAGGCAGAGAAUUAGAUCGCACUCGAAGUCUCCUGUCAGAUCACACCAUCAUAAGAAGGAGACUCCUCGGUUAUCACCAAGCCAUAAAAGAUCACCGAAAGAGGACCCAAUAGCUGAUGAGAAAAGUAAGUGGGAUACAUUUCGCCAUGAAGUUGAUAAAAUUGACCGAGAGGCAGCCAAACUUUUAAAAUUUCAUGAACAAAAUCCAGAAAAACACCCAAUGUAUCCAGAUGAAUGGAAAAAAUUUUGGAGUAUAAGAUAUAAAGAAUUACAGGCAGAAGGAAAAGAUCCAAACAAACAUAAUUUUAAACCUGAAUGGAUUGAAUUCUGGAACAAAAGAAUGUUAUUUUUGCAUAAGGAAGAUGUAAAAAAUAAAAAGGAACAACUGAAAAAGAAAUUAGGGCUUCCAAAAGAAGAGCCCCUUCCAGUUACCAGCAUAAAAAAGAAAGCACCACUCCAUGCUAAUAAAGAUGGAACAGUUGUGUGUGCAGACCCACCAAAGAAUGUUGUAACUGUAAAUGACAAGAUCCAGUCAAAGUCAUCAAAGCACACUGUAAGUACAACUAAAAAUAUCAGAAGCAGUCACUCUCCUAUGAAGGAGACAUCUAAAGAUAGGGAACCAGAGAUGAAAACUAAAAUAACUGAGAAAAAAGUGAAAGAGAAACCUAAAGUACCCAAACAAGUGACUGAGGAAAUAAUUGUAAUUGAGAAGAGAGAGGAGAACAGAAAACCUGAUGUGAUUAAGAGCUCAGACGAAGCGGAAAUAGUGCCAAUUUUACGUCUUCUUACAGCAAUGGAAUCGCAAUUAGGUUCCCUUGGCCCCAAGAUUAAUAAUCUAAUGGGAAAAGCUUUGUCACUAGAAAAAAUUGAGUCCCAUUCAGCAGAUUCCCUCUUAACGGUUCCUGAGAAUAUUGUAUUAUUUGAGACUGUUAAGGAGAAACUCAAGGGUCAGCUUAUGGCAGGUAUAGUUGAAAAAAACAUGUUAUCAGCGACACAGACAUGUCUUGAUCUGUUAGUAAAUGCCUUGAAGAAAAUUGAUGAUAAGAUAAUCAAAACAGCACCUGUUUCACCUGUUCUGAAACCUUCAGUUGAUUUUAUGAAGCCAAUUGUGGAAAAUGUUCCUGUGGCAGAAGAACCAAAACUUGUGGCUGUUCCAGAAGUUAACCCACUGGACAAGGUGGCUAUUGCACAGCAGAUUGCAGCAGCCCUUGUGGCACAAGGUAAAACAGAUGUCACUCAGGAAGAGUUAGAGCAAUUAAUAAAUAUUUUCACAGGCAUGGCACAGGCUUCGAAAGGUUCUGGCUCAGUCGUAUCUACUGCUCAGUUUGUUGCAAUGCAGCAACAGCAGCAGCAGCAACAACAACAACAGCAGCAGCGGCAGCAGAUGGGUGGAGGGAGUGAUCUCAUGAAUCCUCAAAAUCCUGCUGUAAUGAUGAUGUCAAAUAUAAAUACCGCCUCCAAAGAACCUGCUACUGCAUUACAGCAGCUGUUGUCUGUAGUGACCUCCAAACCAUCAUCCUAUACUGUUUCUGCAAGUGGGAGCUCUAAAGAUAAUGUAAGUGGUUUACAAUUAUUGCAAACUGCAUAUGAUGAGCCAAGGAAUUCGCCCGUAACAAAUAGUGUUGUUAGAGGUGACAAACAACGUAACAUUUCUUCCCAGGGUGCUGGUAUGUCUGUGGAUGAGAAAAAACAGCAACCCAGUGGACAUGAUAACAGAACAGGAAAAGAGAUAAGUUACUUGUCAGAAGUAGAAUUACAAACAUUGCUUCAAAAUUUUAAAGAUCUUUCAGCUCAUGAACAGCAAUGUCUAAUAACAUACUUACGCAAACUAGAAGAAAGUGACCCAGUUCGAGUAGAACAACUAAGAAAAUAUGUUGUUAUUGAGCCUCCAGUGAAGAAAUCCCCAUUAAAUACGGCUUCUAAACCUACGCCAUCACCAGACAGAUUUCAGAUCAUUGCUGGCAGGAGAGGAAGACUUUCUCCAUUUUCGCAGAGACUUUUUAGUUCAAAUUCUAAUGUAGAGGACAAAGAAAGUAAGAAACCUACAUAUGAAAAAGAAACAGAAAACAAAAAUGAUGUAGAUGAUUCUGAUGAAGAGUAUACGUACGAGGAAAUAUAUGCAGCAGCAUCUAAGAAGGUUAAAGAGAGUGAAGAAGCAAAGGCAAAAGCAAAAGAACUUGAGAAGGAAAGAGCAUCUGUAAAGCACAGUGAGUCAUCUAGUUCUGUUACAAAUAAAAGUGAUGACCCUGCCAAUCUCCUUAGAGAGACAAAAGCAAUGAUUGCUAAUUUAAUGGGACAGCUUCCUUCCAAGUACCCAAACAAACAUAAUGCAGAACAAUCUCCAAGGAAAGAUAUUUCUGUGAUAAAAUCAGCUAUGAAAAAAGACAAUCUACAAUCACCUUCCGCAAGUGCAAAUGUAAGCAAUAUAUAUACUGUAAAUACGCGGUCAUAUGGCGGUCGAUAUGACUCUAGUCAGUCUACCCACCAUUAUACUGCAGAGGAUACAUCAAAUAACAUGGCUCCUAUACAGCAGCAUUACUCUCAUUAUCAGCAUACAGAUUAUUCUGCAUCUUAUGGCACACCACAAGGAACAGACUUCUCAAACACAGUCCAGUAUCAGAGUAACUACGGUAAUGAAUAUAGCAACAGUUACAAUAACCAACCCCCUGUAACUCCUAGCCAGGAAUAUUCCAGCUAUAGUGUACCUCCUCAAAAUACGUAUGCGGUGGAUGAUUAUAAUCAGUAUGGACAGACUUCUUACCAAGAGCAGCGGACUGAUUAUUAUCCCUACCAAGGUCAGAAUCGUACGUACUAUUAGUCCACUUAAUUUGUUGAGUGGGUGCUGAACGUCGAGGCACUGUAAUAUUGCUCUUCAUUUGUGAAGAUGGAGUUCAGUUCAGGUGAAAGCAAGUUUUUCAGCUGAUCUAUGCAGAAGAUUUAUACUGAUGAAACAGUAUAAAAUUAUGUGUUUGUCCAUUUCCAUUGACAAAAGAUUAUUGAUAAAAGUAAUCUGUUAAAUAGAAAAUAAAAGCUGCAUUGAUGGUACAUCUGUUUGAUAUUGCGGACAAUGAUGUAUUAUCAUACAUGUUUCUUCUUUCUUUUUUUCCUUUUUUUUUAAAAAAAACAAACAAACAUGUAAUGCAAAAAAAAUUGUCAACUUCAAAAAUAAAUGUAUGUAGAAAUAUAUUGUGUUGUUUCCCCCAAUUCUCAAAUGUUUGAAAGACUUUAGAUGUUUUUAUUUGUUUGUCAUUGUAGAAUUUAAAGGAGCACAGUUUUAUGAUUUCCCAGUUGUGAAAGUUUUCUUUCUAAUUCUUACUGCAGUGUAAGGAUUUUGUACAUAAUAAAAUGAUUGUUAUAGUACUUGAAGUUACUGUCCUUCUUUGUAAAUUAGAGGUUUUUGUCAGUACUAAAAAUGUGAUGGUGAAUGAUAUAUGUUUUGUAAUUAUUAUGAAAACUUUACAUGGUUCAACAUAGUGAUAGUUGGAAAAUACAAAUUGUUCAUACUGCUAUCACUCAUUUCUCUUCUAUUUCUUUUGUAUGGCAACACAUCAGUAUGACGUAUAAAAUGUCACACUCAUGUUGUCAAGAAUGAAACUGUCUUGCUGUAUUAGUCAUUUAAGUGUCAACUUCAAAGG